ACCCUUCAUGGUCCUAUUUUUAUCCAAGAGCCAUACGAUAUCACUUAUUCCAUGGGCUCAGCAAAUCCAGAAAUCCUACUGAACUGUACAGCUAAAGGAUAUCCACUCCCAUACUACAGGUGGAAGCAAAAUGGCACAGAUAUUGAUCUUACCAUGAGUUAUCACUACAGGUUGGUUGGAGGCAGCUUGGCAAUCAAUAACCCACAUAAAAAACAGGAUAUUGGAACAUACCAAUGUUUGGCCACAAAUUCAUUUGGAACAAUUCUGAGCAGGAAGGCAAAGCUUCAAUUUGCAUAUCUUGAAAAUUUUGAAACAAAACCAAGAAGCACAGUGUCAGUCCGAGAAGGACAAGGAGUGGUUCUGCUCUGUGGUCCUCCACCACAUUACGGAGGCUUGUCCUACACGUGGAUUUUCAACAAUAGUACUUUAUAUGUUCAGGAAGAUAGUCGCCGCUUUGUUUCGCAAGCGACGGGAAACCUGUACAUUGCCAAAGUUGAGCCAUCGGAUGUGGGCAAUUACACCUGCGUUGUAACUAACUCGAAAGCAGAGCAGAGCGUGCAGGGGCCACCCACUCCUCUCACUCUCCGCAGCGACGGUGUGAUGGGGGAGUAUGAACCAAAGAUUGAAGUACGUUUUCCAGAAACAACAUAUGCAGCGAAGGGCUCAUCUGUUAAACUGGAAUGCUUUGCCCUUGGAAAUCCUGUCCCUAGUAUUAGCUGGAAGAGGUCUGGUGGAAACUCACUGACAAAGAAAAUCGAACACCACAAAACCAAAGGAGUUCUUGAAAUCCCAGACGUUCAGCAAGAAGACGAAGGCUCUUAUGAGUGCAUUGCAGGAAACAUUCGAGGAAGAAACAUUGCAAGAGGUCAAUUAUUUGUCUAUGCACUCCCGGAAUGGGAUAAAAAAAUCCAAAAUGCCUUUCUGUCUCUCUAUGACAGUUUAUUUUGGGAAUGUAAGGCAAAAGGAAAACCAAGCCCUUCCUACAGCUGGUUAAAAAAUGGCCAGCCGCUCACAUCAGAGGAAAGAAUUCAAAUAGAAAAUGGAACUCUUAUUAUACAUAUGCUGAAUAUGUCAGACUCUGGCCUCUAUCAGUGUGUGGCAGAAAACAAGUACGAUACUAUUUAUGCCAAUGCUGAGUUGCGGGUGAUUGCUGCGGCACCUGAUUUUUCCAAUAAUCCCGUGAAAAAAAUGUCUGUUGUUCAAGUUGGAGGUGAAGUUACAAUUGGUUGUAAACCUAGUGCUUCUCCCAGAGCAGUUAUUACCUGGAGAAAGGGCUCGGAGGUUCUGCGCCAGAACAAAAGGAUCAUCUUACUAGAGGAUGGCAGUCUCAGGCUCUAUAACAUCACCAAAUCAGAUGCCGGGGUGUACACUUGUGUAGCAACAAACCAGUUCGGAGUUGCCAAAAAUUCAGGGAACCUGAUUGUGAAAGAAAGGACUGUAAUUACUACUCCACCUUCUAAUAUGGAUGUAACAGUUGGAGAAAGCAUAGUCCUUCCAUGUCAGGUGUCUCAUGACCCCUCCAUACAUGUGGUGUUCACAUGGUCAUUCAAUGGCAAUACCAUUGAUUUUAAUAGAGGAAUACAUCAUUUUGAAAGAAUUGGAAGAGAGUCUGUUGGGGAUUUGAUGAUAAGAAAUAUUCAGCUACAUCAUUCUGGGAAAUACACGUGCAUGGUACAAACAACUUUAGACAGUCAAUCUGCAACAGCAGAUAUAAUUGUAAGAGGCCCCCCAGGUCCACCAGAAGAUCUUGAAGUUGAACAUAUUUCUAGCACUACUGCCGUGUUAUCCUGGAAGUCCGGAAUAGAUAAUAAUAGUCCAGUCCAGAUCUACAGUAUUCAGAUGAGAACUCCUUUCUCAGUUGGAUGGCAGGCAGUUGCAACAGUUCCUGAAGUCAUUAAUGGUAGGACUCACAAGGCAACAGUGGUUGACUUAAGCCCUUGGGUUGAGUACGAGUUUCGUGUGGUUGCCAGCAAUAGUGUUGGAAUUGGGGAGCCAAGCAGACCAUCAGCUCUACUGAAAACUAAAGCAGCAGUUCCUGCCGUGGCACCAACGAACAUCAGCGGAGGAGGAGGGAGCCGUUCUGAGCUGGUCAUCACGUGGGAG